AUGCCUAUCAAUGUAGUCGUUGUUGGCGCUGGUCUCGCUGGCCUGGGUGCUGCAAUUUCAUUGAGCCGUGCAGGCCAUGAGGUCCAGGUUAUUGAGCAGUCAGGUUUUCUAAACGAAGUUGGCGCUGCUAUCCAUGUGGCGCCCAAUGCCACCCGAAUUCUCAAGGCCUGGGGAUGUGAAUUGAAAAGUUUACAUCCCGUCUACUGCAAGAAAUUACAGGUGUGGGAUGCCUCUGGGAAUCUCAUGUGGACCCCCAUUAUUGCCCUAAAUACCUCAGAUGAAUGGCUGUUGACCCAUCGAGUUGACCUGCAUAAUGCCCUGCGCACCAUAGCCACUAACGAGGCUAAUGGCCGUAAAAUCAACAUCCGCCUCUCUUCGCGUGUAUUAUCAGUGGAUGCAGAGGCCGGCAAAGUGGUCCUCGAGGAUGGUACCAUAUAUGUCGCUGACCUAGUUGUUGGGGCUGACGGUAUUCAUUCUCGCACCGUUCAGGCCAUCGUCGGAGAAAACAAAGGACGUCAGAGUACCGGCCAGAAUUGCUUUCGUUUCUUGGUAUCCAUGGAAAAGAUACAGGCCAAUCCACUAACUGCUACACUUAUGGCGAAGACAGGCAUUGAUGGCGUGCAUGUCUUCGCGGCGCAUGACCGACGCACCGUGGUUUAUCCCUGUCGGAGUGGCCAGUUGCUGAACGUGGCGGGUAUUCACCCUGCGGGCAAAGAGACGAACGCCAGAGAUUCAUCAUGGCUUGAUGGGGGCAAAUUGAGCCAGUUGAUAGAGACUUAUCAGGAUUUUGGCGAAGAGCUUCAGGAGAUGUGUCGCCUCGCGGAAGAUCUGAAGCUGUGGAGCCUGGCUUCGCGCAGGCCAGCUCCCACGUUCGUGAGAGGCAAAUUGGCUUUGAUUGGAGAUGCUGCGCAUCCCAUGUUACCUCACCAAGGACAAGGCGCCGCUCAAGCAUUCGAAGAUGCGGCAGCGCUUGGUGGGGUGAUGACGGAGGACAUGACCGUAGAGCAGAUCCCGCAACGUCUGGAGUUGUACAACAGGAUGCGGUACAAGCACGCGGUGACCGUGAUGAUGAUGUCCAAAACCCACGACGAGCGACGGGCGGAGAUGUUGGAGGAGCUCUGUUCCUAUGUGUCUGACGCGGAGGUGCCUAGGGAUAUGUUCGCCUUCACGUGGCCGUCAGACCCAAUUGGGGAUGCACAUCAACUGGUACAAGAAGCCCAGUUAUAG